AUUUCCCAUUAUUAGUUAUUAAUCUUUAGAUAAAAUAAACAUUAAAUUUCUUGAUUUUUUUCUUCUUAAACCCUAAAUUUCAAUGAGUCCCACAAAAUUCUUUACCUCUCUUUUCACUCUAACAACAAUAUCACUCGUACUCAUGCUCUCUAGCAAACCAUGCUUAGCUCAACUAUCUCCAUCGUUUUACAAUAGUACAUGUCCUAAUGCACUAAGUACAAUCCGCACUUCCAUCCGACAGGCAGUGUCACGUGAGAGGCGAAUGGCGGCCUCCCUCAUUCGCCUCCACUUCCACGACUGCUUUGUUCAGGGUUGUGAUGCAUCAAUCUUACUCGACGACACAUCUACUAUUCAAAGUGAGAAGUCUGCGGGCCCGAAUGCGAAUUCCGCCAGAGGCUUCGAAGUGAUUGAGGCCGCGAAGCGUGAGGUCGAGCGUAUAUGCCCCGGAGUCGUUUCUUGCGCUGAUAUACUCACAUUAGCAGCACGUGACGCCUCGGUUGCUGUUGGUGGUCCAUCAUGGACAGUCAGGCUUGGGAGAAGAGACUCUACCACUGCCAAUCGUGCUCAAGCAAACAGCGAUCUUCCCGGUCCUUUCUCCACUCUCGAUGGCCUUAUUUCUUCCUUCACCAAUAAGGGACUGAUCGCACGCGAAAUGGUCGCGCUAUCAGGAGCCCACACGCUAGGUCAAGCCCAGUGCUUCCUGUUCCGUGCUAGGAUAUACAGCAACGGGACCGACAUAGAUCCUGGCUUUGCUAGCACGCGAAGGCGGCAGUGUCCGCAAACCGGAGGCGACAGCAACUUGGCACCCCUUGAUUUGGUGACACCCAAUUCCUUUGACAACAACUACUUCAAGAAUUUGCAACAGAGGAAAGGUCUUCUCCAGUCGGACCAAGUGCUGUUCAGUGGAGGAUCGACGGACAGUAUUGUGUCUGAGUACAUUCGAAGCCCACAAACUUUUGCGAGGGAUUUUGCAAAUGCAAUGAUCAAAAUGGGGGAGAUUCAGCCCCUUACUGGGCAGAGUGGGAUCAUAAGGAGAGUCUGUAACGCCAUCAACUAGACACAUAUCCAUGAGGCAAUUCCGGUUUCAUUGAUGCAGUAAUAAUUCAGUUUAAUUUAUGUGCAAAUUAUGGUUGUGAUGUUGUUUCAGUAAUUGUACGUAAAUCCACUUUAACUCAUGCGAUAAUUCUGUGUAUUGUUGUUUGAUCAUCGCCAUUCGGUGAUGCUGUGAAAUAAUGCAUAAGCAUCAGUUGGUACUGUUGUGUUAUAA